CAGCGGAACGAGAAUUCGUGGCUGUGGGCGCACUUCCGCUUCGAAGUGCCUCAAAUGCGAAUGCAAUUGCAUCUGCGUCGAUCACUUCCCAACCCUUCAAAAAUUCAGCUUGUUGCGUGGUAACAUAGAGCACUUGUAUUUGCAAAGGUUGGUCGACAGCUUCCGACAAGCAGACAAAGGAUACCUUCGAGAGCCUUCUGAUUGAGAAAUUGUCGCGUCUUGGCUGCCUCAUUAAUAUUCUACGCCAGAAUAUAGUCGAUCAAUUCGUCUACAUACCCAUCCAUCAGCUACCCAUCAGUCAAUCAAUCAAUAACCCAUCAUCAUCAUUAUCAUGUCCACCAGAGCAAUGGCAUCGACUGCCUUGAAGCUGUUGGCCCGUCAACAAGCCGUGCGAAAGAGUCUCAUCCCGGCAGGAAGCCGACGAGCCUUUAGUUCUGCCGCCUGUGCGCUCGAUGAAGACUUGGAGCGCGAACGCUUGUACGGAGGCCAGCCGUCUCCCAUGUCCGAAUUUCUGGACCUUGCCGUGAACCACGGCCAUACAUCCACCGGAGCUCCUCCCAAAUACCAACUGGUCGAAGCUCCCGUGUUGAAAUGUGGAAUAUCGGAAGACGAUCUGACAUUCAAGACAACCAGUUUUGGACGCCUUAUUGAAGCACCCUACGUGCAACACCAAGAGCACAAGGUCACCAUGUGCGUACGAUGGCACGUCUUGCCACUCAACGAUUUUGAAAAGCGCAUCUUGAUGGAACUGGUGGGAGGUCGAUACAAUCCCGAACAAAACCAACUCAAGCUGACAUCGGACCAAUUUGGAAGUCGAAUCGAAAACAAGAGACAUCUCACGUCCAUGUUGGAUCGACUCGUUUUUGCUGCCCGAAAGCUUGCGGUCGAAGCCACCAAACAAGAGUCGGUCGAAGCCACUGCGGUAGAAGAGUAGACUGACUGACUUACCGGUGGGGAGCUUUUUGUCUUUUCCCCUGCUUUUUGCUAGGAAAGUUUUCCAUUUUCAUGGCUUCAAGAGAAAGGCUGUCCCACCAUGAGUUGACAGACGGCCACAGCCCUCCAAGAGCUUGAACCAAAUUUUAUCCCUUGCUAUCAGAGAUAUAUACACAUGCCCACAAUGCAUCAUCCAUUUUUACAUUUUACAGAAAGCGUUCAAUUCAGAAAACCCAAAGAUGAACGCACAACAACAGCACAGCAUUUUGGAAGGAACAUUCUUGGAAGACGAUUUUAAAAGUAGUGGUCUAGGUUAAUUAAUACACAAUUAUAUAUG